AUGUUCAGGGGCGCUUGGAUGUGGCCCGGGAAAGACGCCGCCGCGCUGACUAUCUGCUGCUGCUGCUGGGCUCCCAGGCCGAGUGACAAACCUUGCGCCGACUCCGAACGCGCGCAGCGAUGGCGACUGUCCCUAGCGUCCCUGCUCUUCUUCACCGUGCUGCUCGCUGACCAUUUGUGGCUAUGCGCGGGGGCCCGGCCCCGGGCCAGGGAGCUGAGCAGCGCCAUGCAGCCGCCCUGGGGGGCCGGCCGUGAGCGGGAGCCAGUGCCUCCUCGCGCUGUGCUGCCUUUGCCACCGCCUGGUGAGCCCAGCGCGCCCCCGGGUACCUGCAGCCCCCGAUACAGCAACCUGACCAAAGCCGCCCCCGCCGCCGACAGCGGGCCGGACUGCGGCGGCGUUUCUGAGCCCAUGGGGCUGGACGCAGCUUGCACCAAAUUGCAAUCUUUGCAGAGACUUUUCGAACCAAGUACCCCAGCCCCCCUUCUGCGGCCCCCUGACUCUCCUUCUCAUGCCCCGGCCGAGUUCCCCUCCGCCCAAAAAAACUUGCUCAGAGGCCACUUUCGGAACUUCACUCUCUCCUUUUGCGACACCUACACUGUCUGGGAUUUGCUGCUGGGCAUGGACCGCCCAGACAGCCUGGACUGCAGCCUGGACACCCUGCUGGGGGACCUGCUAGCGGUGGUGGCCAGUCCGGGCUCUGGGGCCUGGGAGGCGUGUAGCAACUGUAUCGAGGCGUACCAACGGCUGGACCGACAUGCUCAGGAAAAAUAUGACGAGUUUGACCUCGUGCUGCAUAAAUACUUACAAGCAGAAGAAUACUCAAUUCGGUCCUGCAUGAAAGGUUGUAAGGCUGUCUACAAGGCCUGGCUGUGCUCAGAAUACUUCAGCGUGACCCAGCAGGAAUGCCAGCGCUGGGUGCCCUGCAAGCAAUACUGCCUGGAGGUGCAGACCCGGUGCCCCUUUAUACUCCCUGACAAUGAGGAAAUGGUGUACGGAGGGCUCCCUGGCUUUAUUUGUACAGGGUUGCUGGAUACUUCGCCAAAGCGGCUGGAAACCAAGUGCUGCGACGUGCAGUGGGUCUCCUGUGAAUUGGAAAAGAAGAAGUUCAAGGAGACUGAGGCCCCCAAAACUCACCACCAGCAAUUCCACCACUCCUAUUUCCACCACUAUCACCAACAGUACCACCACUACCACCCCCACCAUGACCCCCCAGGCCGCAUCAGCCACAAGCCUUCCCUGCUGCCUGUCUCUGGGGGCUCCUGCCUCAGCCCCAGCAGGAUCCGGCUCUGUGUCCUUGUUCUCAUGCUCCUCCACACCAUGGUGUCCUUCUCCAGCAACCAAGGUGGUGGGGGACUGGGGCUGGAGGCACUGCCUGCCCUAGAAGAGGGCCUGACACAGGAAGAAUGA